CCACGCAAGGUGGAUAAGCCUGUAGUUAUCGAAUGCUACACCAAGUACAUGGGAGGAGUGGAUCAUGCAGACCAGGGUAUGUGGUAUUACUUGAAUAUUCACAAGACAUUGAAGUGCUGGAAGAAGGUAUUCGUUUACCAUCUCAAAGUGAGCUGUGUCAAUUGCUGGAUCAUCUGGAAAUUAAGCCCUCCAUCUUGGCAAUAGACAAGGCCCGAAAAGUUCCGGUUUGCCAUCAUCAAUGGACUUCUCGAGGGACAUGUCAGACAUUGUGGCAGAGCAGGAAGGAGAUCCAUGGAUGCACCAAAUCGACUCACAGAACGACACUUCCUUGCCAUCAAUCGCGAUGUCACUUCAACAGGACGUCCAUUCAAACCAGACUGUGUGGUCUGCUCCAAUCAGGCAGUCCGACGUCAUCAGACUGAAUACAUUUGUAUUGAAUGUAAUAAGCCAAUGUGUCCUGUACCGUGCUUCAGAAGAUAUCAUACCCUCAUGGACUACAAGGCAGACUGUGUUCCAGGAUUUCACAGAUAAAUGAACACUAGAACCAUGACUGGACACAAUCACUCAAGGAAAAUAACUGGACACUGGCAACUCAAUUGGUAAAAACAAAUUUAUUUCCAAGCUUUUUUAUGGGGGGGUCAAAGGAUGUGCCAAAUGCAGUAAAACAAAUAUUGAAUUGUCUGUAAAGAUUGAUCUAUUCUCAGCAUUUUCUAGUGAAAUCUGCUUCUUUUACCUCUUAAAUUGGUACUCAAACGCCCAUGUUAUGUUAAAUCUUUAAAGUAUGGAGUCGUUUGUGUGGGCUACAACUUACUCAGCACGCAUGCAUGAAAGCCGCCUUGCAAGGGUAUGAAUAACACUAUGCCAUAGAAGGUGUUUCACGUGAA